CAGCGCACGAAGCAAGCGCAAAAUUAUAUAGGCGCGCCGCGGCUCGCAUCGAAGAGUCCGUGCCGUGACGUCAUCUGCCAGGCGGCGCCACGCCAACUUCUCCGGGCUAAUAGAGAAGGCGCAAAACUUACCGGACGAGGGAAACGCACGGCGCCACACUCCGCGUCGCCGCAGCGAACACGCGCACCGACCUACCGGUAACGUGACGCACCGCGGCGGCUGCCCGCACAUUUUUGCAGCAUCCGGCAAGCCGUGCGCAGCAAGUUCUGCCGCACAGGCUGCGACAUGAUCGCCCUUGUCGCACCGUCGCCAACGCCUGCUCCGCUUAUACUCGUGCCGCAGCAGCAGCAAGCAACAACGUUCAUCAGCAGCGAUAGGUGACGAAGCUCUACGCCAGCCGGCACAGGGACAAUGCGUUUCCCGUGGAGGAGUUCGUAGAGGCCGUGCAGCAGCACCGCUUCCUUUACGACCGUAACGAGCCGGACUUCAAGAACGUCGCCAUGAAAGAGGCCAUGUGGGAAGCCAUCGGUCAGCAGUUCGGAGUGUCCGGCAACAAGGCAAUGAGCAAGUGGCGCAACAUGCGUGACAAGUACUUCAAAAUACGCAAGCAGGAGCUGCUGAAUCGGCGCCUCCGCACUCCACGCUUCCAAAGGCCAGUCAAGAUGUGGCCUUUCUACUACAUGAUGCGCCAGGUGUUCGAAAGGAAGCAGGACCCACCAGAAGAUUCGCAAUCGGACGCAGCUGGAGGCCAUGAAGACAUGGCGGCCGAGCUGGAUUUUGAUUCUGCCUGGGUCACAGAUAGCAACAUUCAAGACCCCGACUUGGCUUCUUUUGCAGCCUUGCACACGGAUAACAGAAUGGCGAUGUCUGUGAAGCAGGAGCCAAUGGAUGAAAUUGGUGCUUCUGAAGACCACGCUAGAGCCAGCCCGCCCUCUGGUGGCGAAGACGAUCCAGAGGUGGACACUGAUCGUGAAGACUUCGAGACGCUGGCAUCACUGCAGAGCAGCAUAACCAUGGCCAGGGCACUUUUUCACAAGCGGUGCAAAGACUUCAAGGAUGCUGUACAGUCUUUUGAGCAACAUCCAGCAGAUCAUCUGCGCGAAGUCGGUGAUACCUCUCAACAUGAUGCACACACACAGACGGUAUCAUCACCACCUGCGACAGCUGAAGAUGGGCUCGAACACUUUGGCCUCUUUGUCGCCCAGAGACUGCGCAUGGUGGAUGCAACAGUGCAAGCACGUCUCAUGUCAUCCAUUUUAAAUCUAGUUGUUCAAGUGCCAUGUAACCUUUCAGAAUGAUUUCGAAGCAAAGCUCCAAAUGUUGCUUUUCCAAAUGCCCCUAAACAAAGUGUGCAUGGACGGAGUGUUUGUGACAUGUAGCGUUCCUGUAAUUAAAAAAAAAUCUGGCACAUUCCACGCAUAAUGGGAAUAGAUUUCAUAUGAAGCUCCGGGAGGGGUAAAAUAUGUCAUAUUUCUUGCUUUGAGCCAAGAAUAAUAAGCUGGAGCGAUGCAAAUUUAGUAGUUGCAUGCAUAUCGAGUCACUGUCAGAUACGUCGAAUACAGUGGUGUGUAUCGCUCAUGGUCU